AAUAAACACUUCUCUCCCUUUUUGCUAUCUGCAAACUUCACUUUGUCUGUUGGCAUUCAAGAAUGGAGGAAGUAGAGCUUUCCUCCGACAAGUUUUCGGACGGAAACUCGCUUCCGAAAAUGGACAAACAAACGAACCCGAGCAAGCAGCGCAGCGUGUCGCUCAUCGGACUUUUCGCUGCUGCUGAUAAGGCGGACUAUUUGUUAAUGUUUUUGGGAAGUGUUGGGGCGUGUAUCCAUGGUGGUGUGCUUCCUGUGUUCUUUGUUGUUUUUGGUCGUAUGAUCGAUUCGUUAGGGCAUCUGGCAAAGAAUCCGCAGCAACAGUCUGCCCGGGUUUCCGAGUAUGCUUUGUACUUGGUAUAUCUUGGACUCGUUCUCUUCGCAUCAGCAUGGAUUGGUGUAGCAUUCUGGACACGAACGGGGGAGAGGCAGACAGCGCGUUUGCGAAUGAAAUAUCUCCAGUCAGUUCUAAACAAGGACAUAAAUUUUUUCGACACUGAAGCCAGAGACACUAACAUUAUUUUCCACAUUUCAAGUGAUGCAAUUCUAGUGCAAGAUGCAAUAGGUGACAAGACCGGCCAUGCAUUGCGCUACCUUUCGCAGUUCCUUAUUGGAUUUGUCAUUGGGUUUACAUCAGUAUGGCAGCUUACGCUUCUGACCUUGGCUGUGGUUCCGUUCAUAGCUAUUGCAGGUGGAGCUUAUACUAUAAUCAUGUCUACCUUAUCCGAAAAGGGUGAGGCUGCUUAUGCAGAAGCCGGCAAGGUUGCUGAAGAGGUUAUUUCGCAGAUUCGUACUGUGUACUCAUUCGGGGGAGAGGACAGAGCCAUUGAAGCAUACUCAACCUCACUGAACAAGGCCCUCAAGCUGGGAAAGAAGAGCGGGGUUGCGAAGGGAGUUGGCGUAGGGUUUACUUACGGGCUGUUGUUUUGCGCUUGGGCAUUGCUUCUGUGGUACGCCGGCAUACUUGUAAGGCAUCACGACACGAACGGAGGGAAAGCAUUCACAACUAUCCUCAAUGUCAUCUUCAGUGGAUUUGCUCUCGGCCAAGCUGCUCCAAGCCUUGCUGCAAUUGCGAAAGGUAGAGCUGCUGCUGGUAAUAUCAUGACGAUGAUUGAUUCGGAUUCCAAUUCCUCUAAGGCAUCGGACAAUGGAAUAGUGUUGCCGAAAGUAUCUGGGCAGAUUGACUUCUGUGACGUUGGUUUCGCCUAUUCAUCACGACCAAACAUGGUGUUUGAGAAUUUGAGCUUUUCGAUUGGAGCUGGCAAGACAUUUGCAGUUGUUGGCCCUAGUGGUUCAGGAAAGAGCACUGUUAUAUCCAUGAUUCAGCGAUUCUACAACCCCGUUUCAGGUAAAAUACUGUUGGAUGGACAUGAACUCGGAACUCUCCAACUGAAAUGGUUACGAGAACAGAUGGGAUUGGUAAGUCAAGAACCGGCAUUGUUUGCGACUACUAUAGCCGGCAACAUUUUGUACGGUAAAGAAGACGCAGACAUGGAUCAGAUCAUGGAAGCUGCUAAAGCUGCAAAUGCACAUUCUUUCAUUGAAGGAUUGCCUGAUGGCUACAACACUCAGGCAGGAGAAGGAGGAACUCAGCUUUCCGGAGGGCAAAAGCAGCGAAUAGCUAUUGCAAGAGCAGUGCUGCGAAACCCAAAAAUACUACUUUUAGAUGAGGCCACAAGCGCUCUUGAUGCAGAAUCAGAACUUAUCGUUCAGCAGGCACUAGAGAAAAUCAUGUUGCAUCGAACUACAGUCAUCGUUGCUCAUCGGUUGUCCACUAUCCGGGAUGUGGACACAAUCAUUGUCUUGAAGAACGGUCAGGUUUCUGAGAGUGGCAACCAUUCAGACUUGAUGUCCAAGAAAGGGGAGUAUGCAAAUCUGGUGAGCUUGCAGGUACUGGAACAUGUUAAAGAUUCUGGCUUAGUAUCUGGACAUUCUUCGAGAGAAUCCAGCUUUCGCGAUACCACGAGUAACUAUCCGCAGGAGGACAAGGCAACCACAACAAAACAGCAGAAGCCAACUGAUCAAAACAGCUCUGCUCCUACUGCAUCAGUGUGGGAAUUAGUGAAACUAAAUGCGCCCGAGUGGCCUUAUGCGAUUCUCGGGUCAGUUGGUGCAGUUCUGGCCGGCAUGGAAGCUCCUCUUUUCGCCCUUGGAAUAACUCACAUCUUGACAGCGUUUUACGGUCCUAGUGGCUCUCAAAUCAAACAUGAUGUUGAUAGGAUAGCUCUCAUAUUUGUUGGCUUGGCUGCUCUUACUGUCCCAAUAUAUCUCCUGCAGCACUACUUUUAUACAUUGAUGGGGGAGCGGCUCACAACUCGCGUACGCUUAUUAAUGUUCAAAGCUAUCCUUUCAAACGAAGUUGGUUGGUUUGAUUUGGAUGAGAAUAACACUGGAGCACUGACUUCAACUUUAGCAGCAAAUGCAACAUUAGUGCGAAGCGCUCUAGCUGACCGUCUAUCAACAAUCGUGCAGAAUCUUGCACUCACGGUGACUGCUUUCGCUAUUGCCUUCACCUUAAGUUGGCGUAUUGCAGCUGUCGUGAGUGCCUCCCUUCCUCUACUUAUCGGAGCUUCCAUAACUGAGCAACUGUUUCUGAAGGGAUUCGGAGGGGACUACAACCUUGCCUACUCAAAAGCAACAUCCGUGGCACGCGAAGCAAUUGCCAACAUACGUACUGUUGCUGCAUUUGGUUGCGAAGAACGGAUAUCACUCCAGUUUUCCUUGGAACUAAACAAGCCAAACAAGCAAGCAGUUCUAAGAGGCCACAUAUCAGGUUUCUGCUACGGUUUAUCGCAGUUUUUCGCGUUCUGUUCUUAUGCGCUUGGCCUUUGGUAUGCAUCAGUACUAAUCAAGGAUAAAGACUCGAAUUUCGGAGACAUCAUCAAGUCCUUUAUGGUCCUAAUAGUCACGUCACUGAGUAUAGCAGAAACCCUAGCUCUCACGCCAGAAAUUAUGAAGGGAUCGCAAGUGCUCGGCCCAAUUUUCAGUAUCCUAAAGCGAGAAACGGCCAUACAUCGUAAUGAUCCCAGAUCAAAUGUUGUUGCUAAUGUCAAGGGAGAUAUAGAGUUCAAGAAUGUGAGUUUCUGGUACCCUGCAAGGCCGGAUAUCGCCAUUUUCGACCAUUUGAAUUUACGUGUUUCAGCAGGAAAGAGCCUUGCAGUAGUCGGGCCAAGUGGUUCUGGGAAGAGUACAGUGAUUGCACUGGUAAUGAGAUUUUAUGACCCUGUUUCUGGUACGGUUCUAAUUGAUAGAUACGAUAUCAAAAGCUUGAACUUGAAAUCGUUGAGGAAGAGAAUAAGUCUAGUUCAACAAGAGCCGGCAUUGUUCUCCACAACAAUUUAUGAGAACAUAAAGUAUGGGCACGAGGAAGCAUCGGAAGUAGAGGUAGUGACAGCGGCAAAAGCAGCGAAUGCACACGGUUUCAUAAGUCGAAUGCCUGAAGGGUACAAAACUCAAGUGGGAGAGAAAGGAGUGCAGUUAUCGGGAGGGCAGAAACAGAGGGUGGCAAUUGCCAGAGCAAUACUGAAAGAUCCGUCGAUUCUUCUUCUGGACGAAGCAACCAGUGCAUUGGACACGGAGUCUGAGAAGCUGGUCCAAGAGGCUCUUGAUAAGCUAAUGGAGGGCCGAACAACAAUCUUGGUAGCACACCGGUUGUCAACUAUUCGUGAUGCUAACUGUAUCGCCCUGCUACAAAAUGGUAGGGUGGCCGAAAUGGGAAGCCACGAGCAUCUGAUUGGAAGACCUGGUAGUCUCUACAAACAAUUAGUUAGUCUACAGCAACAAAAGAGACAAGCGAUUGAUUAAUUCAACGGCAUUAUAUGAUAAACUUCCUAUGAAUUUUUUCGAUUACAAACUGUAUAGUUUAUAUCGAAGACGUCGACUUUCGAGGGAUGUACUAAUAAAGACCACUAUUGUCUGCU